AUGCAAUCGUUAGCCUCCUCCAUAUCUACAGACAUACCUCAACGUCGAUUCGUCUACAACUCUUUGGCUCUCAGAUCCUGCACUCGCUUAGAGGUAUUCGGUGUCAUGUCAUCCGGAAUGCAAUCCCAGAAACGCGUUGAGAAGAAGAAGCCAAAUCGCGCCUUUGCCCCGAAGGUCCGGACCGGGUGCCUGACAUGCAGCAAAAUCCGACGGAAGAAGUGCGACGAGGAAAAGCCUGUAUGCCGACGCUGUCGUGACUUUAUGGUUGUAUGCGAUGGAUACGCCAGUGGUCCGAACAAAAGGCCACCGGCCAAAGGCACCGACGGAGAACAGCAGCCUUUUCGUCCAUUCUCGGUUGAACCGCGGCGGUUGGUUUGCCCUGAUAUUUGCAGCAACUUGGAGGAAAGCCGGUUAUUUCGUCAUUUCAGAGACUACACCAAGAGUGCUUUCAGUUCACUCGGCCCAAUCGAAUUCUGGGACCACUUUGUUGUGCCGUUGGCUAUGACAUAUGAGUCUGUACGGUAUGCCAGUAUCGCAGUUGCGGCAGCGCAUCAGCUGUUCUUGUUUCGGUCCGACACGCCCGCCUUUUCUGCUCAGACGUCGCAAUUAGAAUAUGUCGCCAUCCAACAGUACAACAAGGCCAUCGGGUACAUCAGAAAGCUCGAUACAGUGGAGAGCUCUCACGAUAUUCAGUGCGUACUGACAUGCUGUCUGUUGUUUGUGUGUCUGGAGAGCAUGACUGGGCGCUACUCUGAGUCGAUUCGGCACCUCAGAGCAGGAACACAGCUCCUAAUUCACUCCCGUAUCGAACAUGAUGCUGAAGAGCUAGAGAUGGCAGAAAAGAUGGCCAACAUGUUCGCAAGGCUUGGCAUUGGAAUAUCUAUCUUUAUUGAGGAAGAGAUCGUGCCUCGCAGACUAAAUGAUGGUGGACCAUUAUACAUUGAUCACGGGCCGCACGUGCCAUUUGCCAGCUUGACCGAGGCAGCUCUUGCACUGAGGCGAAUCGACGUCUAUUACAUCCACUUGAUGUUCUCCAGAAGCGACUCCGUUUGUCAGCCUCCACCAGCUGAGAGGGAGAGGGCUUUCGACUUGUUGGAGGGUCGGCUCGUCAUCUGGAGCUCGCGAUUCGACCUGACCGUCAAGUCCCUGCAAUUCCAACCCCUUUCGGACGCGGACCAGGAACAGAUGAUGCAAAUGAGGCUCACCCAAGAUUAUGGCAACUCUUUGUACCUUACGGCACAAUUUGCCAUCCCAUUUUGGCAUUGA